AGAGAGAGAGAGAAAAGAAAAAGAAAAAAAGGGAGGCGAAGCAAAUAACGAAAAACAAAGUGAAGAAGAGAGAAACAAAGCAAAAUAAAUAACUAAACAAAAAAGUACAAAGAAAAGAACAAACAGAGAUGGUGAACGAGAUGAAAGUUCCCGUGUUUACGAUCAAAGCAAACAGCGGAUGAGACUCAGCGGGAGUGACAAAGUGUGUGUGUGUUCGUCUGUUUGUUUCCAUCACUAGCCCGCCUGUGUUUGUGUGCGUGGUGUUUAAAUCUAUCUGUUGACACACACACACACACACACACACACACACACACACACACACACACACACACACACACACACACACACACACACACACAUAAUGGAAUACAGUGCCACAAUGUCCUUCCUUCUGGCACUCCUGACGAUGUUGAUGAUGGCUCCAGCAAGCACACAGGCAGACUGUGGCAUCAGCAAAUUCUACACACACCGCCAGCCGCGUCUUCACCUCACCUUCACGCAUGCAGAAGAAGACAGAGGAGGAGGAGGAGGAAGAGGAGGAGGAGAGUUACCAGACGGAGGAAUACGAGACGGAGACCAAAACAACACACGGAACUUUAGACAGAAUAACAGGAUGAUGGUGUUUGGUGACCGUUCGGAAGGAAGGAUUGUGGGAGGCAAGGAGAGCGUACCUGGAGCUUGGCCGUGGCAGGUGUCGCUGCAGCUGAUCCACCCUCGCUGGGGCAGAAUCGGUCACUGGUGUGGGGGCGUGUUGGUGAGCCGGCGGUGGGUUGUGACGGCCGCCCACUGCAUUAACAACAAGGCGUUCAGCUUCACACGGACGGCGGCGGUGUGGCAGGUCUUGCUGGGCCAACACGACCGCGGGGCAACCGAGGCGCGGGGCGUGGUGACAGGCGUCCACUCCCUCGUCACGCACGCCAGCUUCAAGGACUACCAGCACGACAUUGCGCUCUUACAACUCCGCGAAGACGUCACCUACACAGACUACAUCCAGCCGAUCUGCCUACCGGACACCGCGCCGCUGGACACCGAGAGCUUCCUGGGCAUCAAGUGCGUGGCGACGGGCUGGGGCAUGCGGGCACACGGCGGGCACCUGGAGACGAAGCUGAAGGAGGUGGUGGUGCCGGUGGUGAACAACAGCCACUGCGUCAAAAUGUACGGGAUGAUGCAUAACAUACCUGUCCACACCUACCACCUGUGUGCCGGCCAGGUGGAGGGGCACGGCCUGGGCACGUGUGUGGGUGACUCGGGCGGACCUCUGCAGUGCAACAUGAAGGACGGUCGUUGGUACCUGGCCGGCGUCACGUCCUUUGGGUCAGGAUGCGCUAAACCCGGGUUCCCAGAUGUGUACACGCGCAUAACGCAUUAUCUCCCGUGGCUGAAGAGACAGAUGCGAGUGAACAGGUGAUGGUAGUUGUGGUAGUAGUGGUAGUUGUUAUGCGGGGCUAGUUUUGGGGUGGGUAGUGGUGGUUGUUGUGUUGUUAGUGGUGGUGUAGAGAUGGAAGUUGUUGUUUUUAGAAGUUGUGGAUUUUAGAAGGCGUUGAAGAUGGUGUUGAUGGAGAUGAAGAAGAAGAUUUGGUGGUGGUGGAGGAGGAUGUAAGAAGAGAGAAGAGAGAAGAGAUGAAGAAGAAGAAGAAGAAGAAGAAGAAGAAGAAGAAGAAGAAGAAGAAGAAGAAGAAGAAGAAGUAGUAGAAGAACAAGAACAAGAACAAAAAGAAAAAGAAAAAGAAGAAGAAGAAGAAGAAGAAGAUAUUAAAAGAAGAAAACUACAAAACACAAACAGAAGACUAGUCGCAGUAGUAGUAGUAGUAGUAGUAGUAGUAGAAAAUAAGAAAGAAGAUGAAAGAAAGAAAAUAUGACAUAAGAAUAUUUGUGAUAAUGAAAAUGAUGACGAUGAUGAUGAUGAUGAUGAUGAUGAUGACCUGUGGUGUGUGAUAGUGACCUGAUCUGGUGUUUAGAACUUAGUGUUUGUGACGAUAAUAAUGAUGAUGAUGAUGAUGAUGAUAAGGAUGAUAAUGAUAGUGAUAAAAACAAUGACAGUGAUGAUAAAUGAUGAUGAAGAUGACGGUGACAGUGAGUUAUGUUUUUCCGUGUUUUUUUUUUUUUUUUUUGGUGUGUAAUUCCUGAACUAACUUAUCAUUAUCAUCCUCAUCCUCCUCAUCCUCCUCAUCAUCAUCAUUGUUUUUGUUGCUUAUUACGUUAUAGGCCCCAGUCCGUUAUGGCGCGCAGGCAAGUGUUUACAGUGGCGCCGUCUUGCUAAGCUCAUGCACCCCCCCCACCCACCCACCCACCCCCGGAGCUCGAGAAUCUAGAGUCCGGGUUGAUAAGUGGUCUUCAGGACAGCAUGCGGGUGAUAACGAUGAACUGUUGUUGUUGUUGUUGUUGUUGUUGUUGUUGUUGUAACGCGAUACCUCUUUCUUUAUUUUUGUAA